AUGUUUGGAAGCAAGAAACCCGUCGCCGAGACGGAAGCAGAACCCUACACCCAGAAUGUCGAUCCUCUGGCCGAAAUCCCCAAGACGAGAUGGGAGAGGAUCUGGCCUGCGAUGGCGUGCGGUUCUGGCUUAUUCUCAGAUGGAUACAUCAAUAACGUCAUCGGUUCAGUCUCCACCAUCUUAAAGAAGCUCUAUGGAAAGGCAUACACCGAAUCUGGCGCGCAAAAGAACAUCUCUGCCAUCACAUUCGCCGGGACUGUUUUCGGCAUGUUAAUCUUCGGAUAUACGAGCGAUAAAUGGUCUCGAUCGAACUCGCUGCUUCUCUCCACCGUCAUCCUCAUCAUCUUCGCAGCUCUUGGAUCUGGUGCGUACGGUGGUGGCUCACUUCAAGGCAUGUUCGCUGCUCUCACCGCGUACCGAUUUCUGGUCGGCAUCGGAAUCGGAGGAGAGUAUCCUGCUGGUUCUGUGGCUUGUUCUGAAGCUACGGGAGAACUGAGGGCGGGGUCGAGGAAUAGAUGGUUUAUUCUUUUUACGAAUGUCAUGAUUGAUUGGGGGUUUGUUAUUGGUGCUUUUGUGCCGUAUUUGUUGGUUGUUAUCUGUAGUGAUAAUCAUCUCCGUGCGGUCUGGAGAAUUUCUCUUGGUUUGGGCGUUGUUCCGCCAUUGGUUCUUUUGUGGUUGAGACUUAAGUUGAAGGAACCUGAGGAAUUUAAGAAGGAGAGCAUGAAAAAUGCCAAAAUUCCAUAUGGUCUUGUUCUCAAAUACUACGGUCCACGGCUCUUCGUAGUCAGUCUAAUCUGGUUCAUCUAUGAUUUUUCAACCUACUCCUUCGGUAUCUUCUCCUCCACAAUCCUCAGCAACAUUCUCCCCUCAACCGCCUCCCUCGCUCAAUCCUUCGGCUGGAACACCGUCAUCAACCUCUUCUACAUCCCCGGCGCCAUGCUCGGCUCCCUCUUCUCCGACUUCGUCGGCCCACGCUACGCCCUCGUCAUCGGCGUCACCCUUCAAGGUCUUGUCGGUUUCCUCAUGGCCGGUCUCUACCCAACCCUUGCCAAACCCGGUAAUGUCGGCGGCUUUGCAGUCGUCUACGGUAUCUUCCUCUCCCUCGGCGAACUCGGUCCUGGCGACAACAUCGGUCUCCUUGCUUCCAAAACAUGUGCGACAGGCGUACGAGGCCAGUACUACGCCAUCGCUGCUGCGGUAGGCAAAAUCGGCGCGUUCGUCGGCACCUAUAUUUUCCCGUAUAUAGAGAAAGCGGGCGGUAGUGAUACGAACGCCACCGCGCAAUAUCCAUUUUAUGUCUCCAGUGCGCUGUGUAUCUUUAGUGCAAUCAUUGCGUUCUGGUUCAUCCCGCAGAUUGGUCAGGAUACGAUUACGCUCGAGGAUAUCAGGUUCAGAGAGUAUCUAGAGAAGAACGGAUGGGACACUAGACAGUUAGGCCUUGGAAAGGGGGAGGUUGAGAGUCUAGGGGAGAGGAAGGUGGAGGAGAAGGAGACUGUGAAGGAGUAG